UUAAGCAGGCUGGCUUGAUGUGUUUUGACAAGCAGUUAGGGGCAGCAGAAGCAAAGCCACGAAUUUGUGACAAAGACAAGCCUUGUGAUGAAGCGUGUCCAGCAAACCAUUGCUCGCGGGCUUCGUAGUCAGUAUCGAGAGGGAUUUAGACAAGUUCGGGUAUUUGACGUCAUCUGAAAUAUCAUGACUUGCGAGCUUCGGUAGACAGUCUCAUUGCGCUGGUAAAACUUGAGAGCUGCGUCAGUUGCUACAUCCCGAGCUAGACAGCUGUCUAAAAGGGAGAUUAGCGUUUGGUGAGGUAUAACAAAGAAGACAGUAGUACCUAAAGGUAUGAUAUUGCUGUUAGAUGGAGAAGGUGUUUGCGCAUUGUCGUUGUAACAUAGCGUUAUCGUCUCAUCUUGGAGACAAUGAUCCGUUGAGAAAGGGUUUGCAUUCGAAGGCGCAGUCGGAAUAGCGAGCUGAACCGCUUGCUCUACCUGUGCUUGGGGUUUGGGAUGGUUCGAGGGGUCAUCUUCAAAUGUCUCUCUCUUUAGUUGGAUUUCAUGUCUGUUAGUUGCGUCGCAGGCUAGGGAAAGCCUUGCAGUUUGGGUUUCGGGGGCGAAUAGCGGAAUGAAACGGCUGCCAAAAGAUGUAUCUGUUUAUGGUGCAGACAGUAGCUAGCAGCUAGGCUAGCUACUUGGUCAGCGUCGUAGUUUUCCAAACAGUUACAAACCUGAGUAGCAAAUGUCUUUCUUCUUGGGAUGUUUGUCUGCUAGCUAGCCAUCAAUUUCCAAAAGAAUUGAUGGAGUAGUUUGCGUUUAUUGGGGAAACAUCGUUGCGUUGUUGGUGAGAGGGACAGUAACGUUAGCUGCAAUUAACGUUACUUCGCACCAGUUGGUUAGCUAGAUAGUUAGCCAACUAUCCUAGUUACUUCUGUCAACAAGUCUGGACAAACGCUUACUACCUGUGCCACCAAAGCAGGUUAUUAAAUAGCAAGCUCAAGUUUGGCAGACAAGAGAAGAGAACUGCCAUUCUGCAAAAGAAGAGUGAAGCUCUUGGAAUUCCUGUUAAACGUCAAGCUGGCGAAGAUGAAACCCGAUCGAGAUGCUGGAGAGGAGUUCUUUGAGCAUGAUGCGGAGGAGUUCCUGGUGUUCCUGACCCUGCUCAUCACAGAGGGCCGCACGCCGGAAUGUUCUGUGAAGGGUCGCACAGAGGGCCUCCACUGCCCCCCAGCACAGUCCGCUCAGCCCGUCACAACCAAGCAUGAAUGCAAUGACAAGCUGCCACAGUGUCGUCAGGCCAGGAAGACACGCUCAGAGGUGGUGCUCCUGUGGAGGAACAACAUUCCCAUCAUGAUCGAGGUCAUGCUGCUGCCAGACUGUUGCUACAGCGACGAGGGCCUCGCCACCGAUGGCACGGACCUCAACGAUCCAGCCAUCAAGCAGGACGCCCUGUUGCUGGAGAGAUGGACUCUGCAGCCCGUGCCCAGGCAGAGCGGCGACCGCUUCAUCGAGGAGAAGACUCUCCUGCUGGCCGUUCGCUCCUACGUGUUUUUCUCCCAGCUGAGCGCCUGGCUGAGCGCCUCCCAUGGAAUCGUCCCCAGGAACAUCCUCUACAGAAUAAGUGCAGCAGAUGAGGAAUUGGUGUGGAACUUCUCCGAAACCCCGUCAGAGCACGCCUUCCCCGUCCCCAACGUGUCCCACAGUGUGGCGCUCAAAGUACGAGUGCAGUCCCUGCCCCGCCAGCCCAACUACCCAGUCCUCAAGUGUAGCAUCCACUCGGGCCUCCCGCUCUUUACGAAGAGAGGGCUGGACCCUACGGAGGGGCUUGUCCGUGGCGGUGAGCUGGGCGAGGCUCUGGGCCCGCACCUUCACCCUCGCCUGCCGGGCUCGCCCCUCUUCCAGCGCCCCCUCCGCCCCGCCCUGCCUCAAAGCCCCCUGAACUCUCGCAAAUGCCCUCUGCCCGAGGCCGUGCCCCCCAACAAAGCCGUCAAGUGGUUCUACUCCAAGCUGAGCAGCUCCCCAGACACCAGGCCCUUGGACUGCUACAGCCCCUGUGCCAACGGGACCGAGAGCCCCAAGGCUCCUGGCAGGGAGUCCCCCGUCCGAGCCUUCAAGUCCCUCUCGCUGGCCGACCCUCUGGUGACCCCCGGCCCCAGUCCUCGGCCGCUGUCCGGAGAGACCAACCCUCUGAUUGGCUCCCUGCUGCAGGAGAGGCAGGAGGUCAUUGCUCGCAUCGCCCAGCGCCUGAACUUCUGCGACCCUACAGCUCCGCACCUCCCCGACGGCCUGUUCAGCACCUCCACGCCGCAGGUGCCCAAGUCCAUGUGGAGCCAUGCGCCCGAGCAGGAGACCCUGUUCAAGAAGACCAAAGAGCCGCCCUGCUACCUGGCCCAGGCCCCCCCACAGCCGCCUCCACCCUCCCAGCAGAGCGCUGCCGAGGAGCGCAGCCGGCCCUCCAUCUUCGACACGCCUGUCAGCCCGCGGAGCCGCAGCCGAUUGGAACCCAAGCCCCAGAACCCCGCCUCCAAGCCGGCCUCCUGCCGCCGGCUUCUGCUGUCGGAGCCAGCGGACGGGCCGACGCUGAGCGAGGCUGUGCAGGACAUCUCGCGGCUCAUCCAGGAGCGCCUGCAGCAGUCCCAUCAACUCCUGCACUGCACCUACAAGCUCUGCCGCCAGGGGGCGCUGCUCAAGGGCCAGCCGGAACCAAGCAACGGCUACUGCGGCCCGCCUGCGCCAGCGCCCGCCCCCAACGGGGCCAGAGAGCACGACUGUUCCCGCAGACCCCCGAGCGCGGCCUGUCCGAAACUUGAAACGACACCGGGCUGGCCCGAGCCGCCCGCAUCUGACCGUUUACAAAAUGCCAAAAAGGAGGCACGGAGUCAGAGUCCUCUGAGAGAGAACGGCCUCCGACCCGCGGGCCCAGUGCGGCCCCAGAGCCCCGUGCUCAGGGACAUCACCCAAAGGCCCAGCCAGAGAGACUCUCCCCUCAGCCCUGCCUUCACUGACACCCCCAAGAUGGACCUCAUCCACAGCCUUGCCCUCAGGGACACCCAGAGCCCAGCCUACACAGAUGCCCCCCAUGCCCACCCCCUCAGAGAGUCCGCCUACAGCCCCACGGCCAGAGACGGCACCUACAGACCCCCCAGCUGGGACACCACCCAGAAGGACGUCCGUAGCACCACUGACAGAGACACCACCCCGCCUAAAGGCACAGAGUCUCCGCCCGUCAGUGGGAAAAGCGACCCGCUCCACGAUGAAAAUCAGGACCCUUCAAACUCCACAGUCUGCACAGCCACUAGCCUUACCCACUCAGCCCGCAGCCCUGACCGAAGUCCCCCUUCUGACAGGAUCCUCAAUGGGGGUGCCAGGAGUCCUCUGAGAGCCAACCCUCCAGCAUCCCCCUUGAAGCCAUGCAAUAACUGGAAGAAGCAGAAUCGCCACUCUAUUGAUGGGACCGCCACCAAAGCGUUCCACCCCUGCACAGGCCUGCCUCUGCUAUCCAGCCCAGUUCCUCAAAGGAAAAGCCAGACUGGAUAUUUCGAUUUAGACACAUCAUUGAUCCGCUGCAAAACGCAACCAUGGGCAACUAGCAAAAGAGCCUGCUUGAAGAGAGAAGGCGAUGAGUGUGAGCAUCUACAGCAGCUGCUUAGUGCUAGUGCCCCACCUGCAAGCCUCAGCCUUCUGGGGAACUUUGAGGAGUGUGUAUUGAACUAUCGGCUAGAGCCUCUGGGAACGAUAGAGGGUUUCACAGCUGAGGUGGGCGCCAGUGGAACCUUCUGCCCCAGCCACAUGACCUUUCCCGUGGACGUGUCUUUCUACAGCGUCUCUGACGACAAUGCACCUUCUCCCUAUAUGGGUGUUAUAAACCUGGAGUCCCUAGGAAAAAGGGGCUAUCGAGUGCCUCCAUCAGGAACCAUUCAAGUGACCUUAUUUAACCCAAACAAGACUGUGGUUAAGAUGUUUGUGGUGAUGUAUGACUUGAGAGAGAUGCCAGCCGGCCAUCAGACAUUCCUCAGGCAGAGGACCUUCUCCGUCCCCGUCAAACGGGAAUCCAAUGGCCAUGUCAACAAGAAAUCCCUUCCCCUUAGCCAGGGACGGACCCUGCGCUACCUCAUACACCUGAGGUUCCAGAGUUCUAAAUCUGGGAAGAUCUACCUCCACCGAGACAUCCGGCUCCUGUUCUCACGCAAAUCCAUGGAAGUGGACAGUGGUGCUGCCUAUGAGCUCAAAUCCUUCACUGAGUCACCUGCCGACCCCCGCUUCUCUCCCAGAUGCUAACGACCUUCAGUCUUGCACUGGGGCCUUAACAAUAUCACACCCUCCAGGGCAUGGAUUUUUUGGCUGACAUCGAGCCUUUAGUCUUUUGGUCAACUGUUAUGUUCUUAAGCAGAUUCACAUUGAUGUUUGCCUUAGAAUCAAAUCAGUGAACAUCCUCAUCACAGAGUGACAUCUGUGGUGGUGUGCAUACAUAUUUCUGAGUGUUAGUGGCAAUCAAUGCAGAACUGUGCAACCUAAUGUGCAGAAGAUGACUUUUGACCUGACUGAAUGCUUUGCAUCAGUUGAAUCAUCAUUUGCUUCUUCUCAAUAAUGUUUUUGCACAGAGAAUGACAUUUAGGGCUCCCCAUGUCCUCACAUACAAGCUGUUGCUCAGUGCUCAGUCCUUCAGAAUCAACUGGCCAGUGGGAGUAAUCCGUUAUUUCAGAUGUAGAUCUUUUAUUUUUUCCCAAGUAUUUGGUAUGAGUAAGGAGCCAUUACAGCUGUAAGACCAUGGACCAGUUUUCCAAGAGAACAAGCAAUCACGGCAGAAAACUACAGAAUAACAUUUGAAAGAGCACUGUGUUAUUUCCAUGAGAACUGGAAAUUGAAAUUAGUAAUAUUCUAAUACCUAUUUUUUGUACUGUUACAGAACCACUUUAUCGGAAGUGUUGCAAUAGAAGAAAAUAAAAUACAAAUUAUCUUACUAGUUUAGUGUUUACAUAUUUACUUUGUCAGUUAUUUAAUAUUUAAAUUAAUAUUUCAUUUACUGCACAUGUGAUGGCCGUCAUGCUAAGCAUUAUGAUGUAGUGCAAAUAUGUUUCAAUCAUAAUAUGUAUUUUUGACUUUAAUAUUCAGAUCUGAAAUAAAUAUAUAUUAUAUCUUUAAAGCAA